AAUUUAAACAGUUGUCAACGAACUCUUCAACAUUUCACAUUAUUUUUUCCAUAAACUUUUUAGAAUUUCGUAACAAUGUUUUCAAAAUUCCUAAAGCCCGCUAUUCAAGUUCGUAGUGGGUAUUCUCUUCUACAGCGAAAGAGUUCCCCACUCGUUGUCGUAGUGCGACGCUCUGGCGAGCUAGUGCCCCCCACGCAGUAUGACGUGCCUAUACCGAGAAAGUUGCAUCUGUCCUAUGCACUUACCAGGUACUGGGAGAUUAUCCCGCUGUUCUUCGUCACCAUGACAUCGUUAAGUUUGAUGUGCGCGUCUAUCGCAUGGGCGUGUAGAAAUAAAGUGGACGUAGUUUUCUCUAGCCGGAGCCGCGACAAUAUAUCUCGCACCAUGGACCUGCGGAAGCCGACCAUCCACAAGCUGGUGGUGAUCAAUGACCGCUAUGAACCCUGGCCCGAGAUGCAGGCCGCUCUCGAUAAGAUGGUGGAGGCGGAGAAGCGCGCCCUCUCGCGCCUCGCGUCCUGCAGUUACGCUUAAUACCGCCGCAAUGGCGCCACUUGCGACUUUUUAUUCUAGAUUGUCUAUGGUUUUUACAUCACUUUUGAGAAUGUUUUCAUUUUUUUUUGAUUUGGUGUUGAUUUUACAAAUGAUAUUGUUUUAAAUUAAAAUGCUUUUAAU